AAUGACACUAAUGAAGUAAUGACAGCUGACAAAGAAUUUUAGGUUAGAAUUAGGAUUUUGUUAUCAUUGUCAAUCAGUCAACCACUUACUUAUCACAGCUUAUCAGUCAGUCUUAGUACAGUUUUGUUACAUAGAAGCAGAUUACACAAUUAUGGCAUUACCUGAGAGCAGCGAGUCCUCGGAAAAAAAGCCCGACUCCAAGGGUCAGGACAAAAAAGAGAAACUUCUCACGAAAGUGGUGAUUCGUCGUUUGCCCCCAAAUAUGGAUCAAGAGACUUUUCUCAACCAAAUAUCGCCUGUUCCCAGCUACGACUACUUGUACAUGGUUAAGGGUGACGCCAGUUUGGGCGAAAAUUCCUUUUCCCGUGCCUACAUUAAUUUUGUCAACCCCAAUGACAUUUACGAUUUUAAGGAAAAGUUCGACAAUUACGUUUUUCUAGACAGUGCUGGUCAUGAGUAUGCGGCAGUGGUCGAAUUUGCUGCCUUUCAAAAAAUUCCAAAAAGGCGAAAUAAAGUAAGGGUUGACCCUAAAGUUGGAACUAUUGAAUCAGACCCUUACUACUUGGAAUUCGUUGAAAUGAUAAAUAAACCACCAGAACCUGACGAAAAACCCGAGUAUUCCUAUCAGAUUACAACCGAGAAUAAGAACGAAACAAGCACACCUUUGUUAGAGUAUGUGAAAAACAAAAGAGUCGAAAAAAUGAGGAUUCGUGAGGAGAGAAGAGAAGAGAGGAAACGGAAGGAAUUUGAAAGAAAGAAGUUUCGUGAAGAUGAACGGAGGAAACGGUAUGAGGAAAAAUCGCCCGUCAAGAGUAAAUUUACAAAAGUUGUGAGUCCUAAAGAGAAAAAUGUGGAUAAUAAGGAAGUGGAGAAACAUGAGGGUGAGGAUAAAUCAACUGAAGAUAAAACACCAGAGAAAGAAGAACCUGAGAAAUACGAAAAGCCGGCUCCAACAUCUUACUACAGUAAAAACAGGGACAAGAAAUAUGAUGACAGGAAGAAAGAUGUGAAGAACAAGUAUCCACCAAAGAAGGAGUACUUGGAUAAAAGGGAAUACAAAGGAAGGAGAGACGACUAUAAAGAUUACAAAGAAAGAGACUAUAGGUCAAAAUACGACGACAGCAAGAAAGAGGAUACCAAAGUUUACCAAAAGAAGGUCAAGAAGUACACUGAGAAGAGAGAAGAAAGAAAAAUUGAAGCCCAGAAAAGACUUGAGCAGCAACAGGAAAACAGCCCAAAAACUGAAGAAAACGUCAAAUCGGAGCAACAACCUAAAGAAAGUCUAAGCAAAAAGGAAGAAAGUUCGCUCGUUCAUGAAGCAAGUCAAGAAACAUCUACUAAGUCAUCCGAAAAAUCAAAAACAACAAAGGAUAGUGAUGCACAAUCCCAGAAGCGAAUCAGGAACAAGGAUAGGCCCACAAUUGCCAUCUACAGGCCCGGAAUGUUGUCAAAACGGAAGCAGAACGAAGGAGAAAGUGAUCAUAAGGAAGGCAAAAAAGAAUAAUUUUUUCUCUAGAAUUGUAGUUUUUUUGUUUGCCAAUAAAUGAAGUGUGCUACUUAUCGAA